AUGCUCCUGCAUCACGACGUGCAGCGGUGUCUGGCGUCCUCUUCGCGCUUCCAGGACGCCAAGCUGCCGUCGAACGACAGCUACUUCGCGUUCGACGGGACCAACUCGGACCUGGCUCGGCAGCUGUACUUCCGAGCUAAAGCGGGGGACUCGGCGGCCCAGUUCAAGAACAUCAGCGUCCCGUCCGCCGUCCAAGCUCGCCUCGAUGAGCUCAAGCUGGACUGGAGCAAGCUGCCGGGCAUCGCCCAGCGCGCGCUGCUCUGGGACUCGGGCUUCGGCGUCACCAAGGACAGCCAACCGGUGCCGAUCUGGACGCUCAACGGCCACUCGAUGGCGGACCUCGCAGUCCCGCUGCCGCAGUUCCAGGCCGCCGGGUGCGAGGAGAUGGCCUGCGAGCAGCCGGGCAACACCACCAGCUACAGCAACUUGUGGUGCGGCGGGGCGCAGAUGCUCAAGGUGGCGAGGUGCGUGGUCGAGGAUUUCGAGGACAAUGACGAGAUCCACGCGGCCAUGUGGGUAACGGGGGGCAACCCGGCCGAGGUGCCGACGCUCAAGGUGCGCAAGCACGAGUGGAAGGACGAGCGCGACGGCAACAGCUACGUCGUGUUCGCGGUGCACACGCUGGAGCUGGCGGACGAGCCGUCGUGGAAUAGCUGCGCCUUGGCCACCCAGAACGACGGCUACGGGUCCUUGGUGUUGCCCUGCUACACGACUGCAAACAUCACCGAGGGGAUCAAGAACGACAUGGAGCAGACCAAAGGCAGUCUCUGGGUCGCGCGGUGGCUCAGCGAGGACUACGGGACCGCAGCCAAAGCGACGAGCAAAGGCUUCAACUUGGUGCUGCUGGUCCCGAUCAUCAUCGGAGCGAUCAUCGUCGUGCUCCUCGGUGCGCUACUGGUGCUCGUCCAGAGGCGACGAAGACAGCGGAGUCGGGAGAACCAACUACCAGACACAGUAGCCAGCCCCAGCAGCAACAUCAGAGCUCAAGGCCCCCGUUCGCUUCGAGACCCCUAUACACUUCACGUUGCCGGCGCAGGCUCGACGUUCGUCAACAACUCGACAAUGCAAUCGUCUGAGUAUGGGAACGCGACUCUGAAGGCGCUGCUCUCCAGCGAGCGUCUGUCCGGGAAGCGUAUUCCGUACGAGAGCAUCGUUCUCAAGCGCAUGAUCUCCAAGGGGGCGUACGGCGAGGUGUGGCUCGGAGACAUCGUCGGCCAGCAGGUGGCCGUGAAGAGGCUGCUGCAGAACAAGACCCACCUGGCGGAGGAGGUGGAGGAGUUCGCCCAGGAGAUCGAGAUCAGCGCGAGUUUGAUCCACCCGAACAUCGUCGCAUUCGUCGGUGUGGCGUGGAACAGUCUCAACAACUUGGCCAUGGUGAUCGAGUACUUCCCCACUGGAGAUCUACAGACGUAUCUCCGCAAGAACUUCGACCUGUUAUCGUUGCCCAAGGAUAAAAUCCCCAUUGCAGCGGGGAUCGCACUCGCGCUCGAGUAUCUGCACGCUAGAACGCCGCCGCUCAUCCACCGAGACCUCAAGUCCAAGAACGUCCUGUUAACGAAAAAACUCGAGGCCAAACUCAUCGACUUUGGCGUCAGUCGAGGGCGUCAAGAGAACUCCAUGACGGCGGGGGUCGGCACGCCGUAUUGGUCCGCGCCCGAGAUCCUGGAAGGCAGGAAGUACACGGAGCAGGCGGAUAUUUAUUCAUUCGGAGUGGUGAUGUCGGAGCUCGACACGGGCAUGAUUCCCUACCAAGAUACGUUGACCUCGGACGGCAAGAAACUCGAGCCAAUCCAGAUCCUGGCCGAGGUUGUGGCCGGAAGGCUGCGCCCAACUUUAUCGAAAGACUGCCCUCAGCAAAUCCGCGAUAUCUUCGAGGCGUGCUGCCACCAAGACCCGGAUCAGCGGCCCACUGCAGCUCAAGUGGUCAAACUGCUACAAACGACCGACAAUGUAGCAGAAGAAAGUAGCUAA